AUGCCGACUGCUGAAGAUAUUAAAUUAAAGAGCGAGACUUCUAUUAAGGUUGAAACAAGCGCGAUUAAGGACGAGGAUGAGUCUAUGGCCGAUACGAAAGAUGAGGCCACAGACGAUACCAACAGAAUCAGUUCACUGAAAUCAUUGGGUCCGUUUAUUGCGGCGCAGGAGAAUAGUAAAAAUACGAUAUAUCUAAGCGAUGUUCCCGCCGUUUGCCUGGAGAAGCCUUGCAUGCUGGGCGUCGACGAAGCCGGCCGAGGACCGGUGCUGGGGCCAAUGGUUUAUGGGAUUUCAUACUGUCCACUCGAAAGCAAACAAGCCCUUGUCGAUCUGGGCUGUGCGGAUUCCAAACAGCUGACGGAAGAGAAGCGCGACAUAAUAUUCAACGAUAUUAAUACGCUGGACUAUGCCAAGGAGUGCAUUGGUUGGGCCGUGGAGAUAAUCUCACCCAAUGUCAUUAGCACUAGCAUGAACCGACGCACCAAAUGCUCCCUCAACGAGGUCUCGAUGAACUCGGCCAUGGGCCUAAUAGAACGCGCCAUCGAAGCUGGCGUCAACAUAGCAGAGGUUUAUGUAGACACUGUUGGUCCGCCGGAGAAGUAUCAGGAGAGAUUGAAACGCAAGUUCCCCAAAUUCAAAAUAACCGUGGCUAAAAAGGCGGAUUCUACCUAUCCUAUUGUUUCGGCGGCCAGUAUAUGCGCAAAAGUGACCCGUGACCACGCACUUAAGGUGUGGAAAUUUCCUGAAGGCCUAAACAUAAAGGAUAAUGGCUUUGGCAGUGGUUAUCCAGGAGAUCCGGUCACAAAGCGUUUCCUCACCGAACACAUUGACUUGGUAUUUGGAUUUCCACGUCUAGUGCGUUUCAGCUGGGCCACAGCUGAGAAUGCGCUUGCCGACAAGGCCUUUAAUAUGGAAUUCGAUGAGUCGGAGUCGGAGAAACCCAAGUACGCCGGCACCAAGCUGACAAAAUUCUUUAAGGGAACCACCAAAACGGGCGAAAUAAAGCGCGAGGAGUGCCGUUUCUUUAAAGAACGACAUCUUGGCAAUGUAACAGAAUUUUAGUAAAUCCUUUUCACACUUGUAAUAAAUUGGUUCAUAUUUUAAUAUUGAUUUUU